AUGCAGGAUUUGGGCCUUGAGGACCCUGAUGCAGCUCGUCACCCCAGCUACGAGCAAAUGAGCUUCUUCGGGAAGCAGAAUAACCCUGGGGGAGUUGGCCGAAUGAGAUUUUCCCGGCCAGAUGACUUCCAGAUAACCAUUACGUCUUCCAAGAGAAGAUGUUGGCAGUUGUCGGCCUCAGCCGAAAGUACAGGGAUGUCUAACCUUCGUCUGUUCUUUUCAGAGCUGAGCGAAGCUACUUCGGGGGUUGACUAUAACCGGCUUGGGGUGAACGCUGAACGAGUCAUUUUAGACCGGGCUCCAGCGAUCACAGCUUCGAAGGACUGUCCGCUGCAUCUGCAAAAAACAGGCCUUCAGAUUGAAGCUGCCGCCGAAUACACCAAGCAGAAGCCUUGGUGGGAGAAGCGAGAUCCCCUUUGGCCUUUAUUACCUGAGGAAGCACAGGCUGCUCAGACAGCAGCUGACGUGUCCCGAGUAAUCGACUCCUUGGAAGGAGAUGUUGGGACAUCUGGUGCUGCUGAGAGGGAUAUCCCUGCAUCUGGAGCUCAGCCGAGGGUUUCAGGAUGCCCUGUUGAAGAUUCUGAGAAGCCGAUUGAUGAAGGCUUCUCAGAUGAUAUUGAUAGGGAGGUUGACGCUUUUCUUCGUCAACCUGAUCUGGGGGAGGAAGCAGAGGAGGUCGUUGCUGCUGAUCCUGGUGGAGACCAAUUGGGCUCCGCCGAAGGAGAAGGUCAUGCUGAGCCUAAGAAGAUUCAGGAGAACCGUGAAGGGGCUGCAGGUUACUUCGGCGACCUAUCUAGCAUGUCCGAAGUGGACCGAGCAAGGGUGUGGUCGCUGAAGGCCACGGCUGGGAUGGGAGAAUCCAGCCGAAGGGUCCCUGACCCUGCAAGAGACAACCAGCGUUUGCUGAUGCAGCUUGUGCACAAUCAGACUCUUACUGUAGUGUUGAUUGACACCCUCCCAGACAAGCUGGAGCAUGCCUGGGAGGAUGAAAAGAUUGCCCGGGAGGAGGCGAAGCUUGCUGAGCUGAAACAGCAGGCUGCUGAAGAGAAGCAGCAACAGAGCGAAGAGUAUGAAAAAAGGGUUGCUGAAGCCAUUCAAACCUUCUGCUCGGCUAUGGAGAAGGAAGUUUUUCCCCCGCUGAUGGAAGGGGAGAAAUUCCUUCAGGAGAUGGCUGCUAAAGAGGCUCUACAGGCUAGGGAUGUUCACCUUUCUGCUGCCCAAGCUGCUGCUGAGAGCCAGGACCAGAAGCUGAAGGAGCUGGAGGAUCAGCUGAAGGUGAAGGGAGAUGAGCUGACCCAAGCCAAGGCCGAGGCUUCUAACGUCCAGCUGGAGCUUAAUGAGAAGAAGACUUCUUCCUCCAAACUCUCAGAAGAGUUAGAAAAAUCUAAAAAGGAUUUGGAGGAGAGUCAAAAGAAGUUGGCUGACGCUGAAGCCUUACUUCAAGUCUGCCUCUACACCCAAGAAGAGUAUGAGAUGGGCUACAUAAAUGGGUUUAAGGUGGCUCGGAGGUUGGCUCUCCAUGCUGAGCCUUCGAUGGAUUGGUCCAAGUGUGCGCUUUGGGCUCAGGACCCCGAGGAUCCGCACAUGUUGUAUGCCACUCCUGCUGAGCAUGAGAUCCUUCAGGCUGAACAAGCCGAGGAGGAAGCUGAGCGGCAGGAGUUGGAGGCUGAACAGCGAGCCGCUGAAGCUCAGGCAAGGGCCCAACCUGCCUCCUCUGCUGCUGGAACCGAGACUGCCCCGGGGCUAGGCCCGGCUGAUCAGCUUGAUCCUCCGACUGAAGCAUAG